AUGUCUGAUAUCACUGUCGAUGGAUUUAACGCCUCUCCUUUAUUCAAGGACUUAUCUGAAGCUUUACAAGAUGACAAGAUCAAGCAAAAGGCUAUUUCAGGGGUCAAGGCCACCUUAGUCUUAACUUUAAAGAACAAAGAAGGUAAGGAACAAUCCUGGUUAUUAGACCUUAAAAAAGAUGGUACUGUCAAGAAGGUGGAUUCUGUCCCAAAGAGUGAUGUUCAAUUAAUCUUGAAGGAUGCUGACUUCGUCAAAUUAGCUACUGGUAAGUCUAACGGUCAAAAAUUAUUCAUGAACGGUAAAUUGAAGAUCAAGGGUAACAUGAUGAAGGCCACCUCUUUAGAAGGUGUCUUUAAGGCUAUUGGUCCAAAGGCUAAGUUAUAA